AAAAAAAAAACAAAAAGAAAAAAAUACUUUGUUUAAAACAAAUAUAGUCUUUUCUUUCAUUCUAUUCUCCUUAAUGAAUCAUAAUAGGAGAAAUAAAGCAGAAAUAAUUGAUAGAAUACCACUUGUACCUCUAUCGCCGUUAAUAAAAAUGUCAUGGGAAUAUGCUGAAAUACUUGCACAAACAAAAAAGAAAUUAUCUGUAGAUAACAAUACCCCUGAGGUCAGGGCUUCAUUAAAUCAAAUCUACAUCGACAAAACCGAAAAAUUGGAUCAACUUACAAGGGAUAUACAAUCAGUCCAAGCUUCGUCAUUCUUUGAUUUUAAUAUAUAUGAGAUUGCAAAAGAAAUAGCGUAUAUUGAUUGUCGUUUGUUUCAAAUGAUAGUACUUGAUAAUAAAUCACUUUAUGGGCUUAAUGUUAAACCAUUAUUAGACUUUCAUCAAUAUCUUUCACAUUCAUUUGCACAUCAGGUUAUUUACCAUAAUAGCAAACCAACUAUAAUUAUUCAAUUAAUUCAAGUAGCUUAUAUCUUGCUUCAUAUCUAUCGUGAUUUUUCUGGUUGCACAGCCAUCUUGAUUUCUUUACAAAUGCCAGAGGUUCAACGACUUCAUAUCUGGUCUGAAUGCCCUUUACAUUUUCUCGAUAUUUAUAAAGCACUUACUACUUUAUUAUCACCUGAUAGACAUUUCGAAGCAUAUCACCACCAACUUGGGUUGCAAAUAGCCCAUUUUCAAAAUAGAAUCCCUAAUAAAUCACAAAUGAUUGCUAUUCCUUUCAUACAUGCUCACUUUUCUAUCAUAAAAGAAUUACUUCAACCACUACCACAUGGAAUAGAAUCAGAGCCAUCGAAGGAUGAAUAUGAUGAUUUAUAUGAGUCCUUUGUUGUACAUUAUAAACUGAAUCAUGAAAGUAAUCUCACAUUGUCAGAAGAAGUUUUGCAUAUUGAUAAAAAACCCGAUCAGCCAUCAAGUUGUUUCAUACCGACAGAAGAGGGAAUCAUCAUGGAAGAUACUCGGCUGGCUAAUAAAAUGAGAGAGGAUAAUACAACGAUAUUGAAUUCAGUGCUUGAAGAUAACAUAUUAAAUAAUCCAGAGGCUUCGCAUCAAAAGGAGAUGCAUGUUACUCGGUUUCUAUAUAAUGAAAGCCAAUUCGGUUUAUAUAACAGUCAAAUAAAAGACGAAAGUUAUACUUGUAUAACUAAAGUAAAGAGCUCAGAUAUAACAAUUUACAAUGACGAGAAAGAAGAGAUAGAGGCUUUCGAAGAAAAACAUGUUUAUGAAAAUAAUCAGCAAAUAUCAUUGAAUGCUUCGAUAUCAAGUCAAAAGGAGAUAGAAGAAGAAAUGUCAUAUGUUAAUCAAGAAAGUCUUAGUCUAACUAAAGUAAUACCAACUUCAACCCUCCAACUAAUUAAACUUGAAUCAAAUGGCUACAAAAUGAAAUCGAACCUGCCAUUAGCUCUAGAUAAAACAAAAACUACUAAUCUUAUGAUAGUGACAGAGGAAAGUAAUGACGACGGCGACGACGACGACGAAGUAUGGACAGGUUACCCAAUUAGGGACUCACACUAUCAACCAAUUGAAAAUAUGUUCAGAGAUGAAGAGGAAUGGACAGGAUACCCUGUUCAUAGCGAUGAAGAAGAUGAAGAUGAAAUCUGGAAGGGAUAUCCUAUAUCAAAAGAAGAAUUAGAACAGAGCUAUUGGCAAAUAGAGGUUUUACAAUUUCGUAAAUCAACAAAAGAUAUAAUAACCACUAUAAAUACUACAGUUCAAUAA